UCACACCUGAGCUCCCCGGAAGUUUAGUCUCAUUUAAAUAAAUGUAGAAAACGUUUUCACUCCCGACCGGCUCUCCUGAGGUUUGACGUCCAGCUGCUUUUCCCUUCGCACUGAUUUGUCCGGAAAAUAGACACUCUGGUUUUUAGAAAUAAUGCUCCUGUAUGUCGUCGGACUGGUAGCUCCCUGGAUCGUCUAUCGCUGGUACAAGGACCGGAAAAGAGUGCCCAACAAAGCGGAGAAGUAUGUCUACAUCACUGGCUGUGACUCUGGGUUUGGUAAUCUCCUCGCGAGACACCUGGACAAGUUGGGCUACAAUGUAAUUGCGGGCUGUUACACUGAGAAGGGCGCGGAGGAGCUGAAGCAGCUCUCCUCCGACCGACUGGCGACCUUUCGCCUGGAUGUCACCGACUCGGAGAGCGUCCGGCAGACGGCGGCAUCCAUCAACACUUUGGUUGGAGAGAAGGGCCUGUGGGCCGUGGUGAACAAUGCUGGCGUCGCUCUGCCGUCCGGUCCCACCGACUGGCUCAACAUCGACGACUACAGGGGCAUGCUCGCCGUCAAUCUCUGCGGCGUCAUCGACGUGACGCUCAGCGUCCUCCCCCUCGUCAAGAAGGCCAGGGGCCGGGUGGUGAACGUGGCCAGCGUGUUCGGGCGGUGCAGCCCGUUCGGCGGGCCGUACUGUGUGUCCAAGUACGGCGUGGAGUCCUUCAAUGACAGCCUGCGCUUAAACAUGGCGCCGUUUGGAAUCAAGGUGGCGUGCAUUGAGCCUGGCUUCUUCAGAACAAAUGUGACCGAUGUAGAGGCGAUGCACAAUAACAUGAGGAGGCUUUGGGACAGAUUGCCUCAGGAUGUGAAGGACGACUAUGGACCUGGUUUCUUGAGAGAAUCUCUCGACAUGCUGGAUCAGAGGUUCAAGAUGUUGACUGACAGUAACCUGAUGAAGGUGGUCGGCUGCAUGGAGCACGCCGUCUCCGCCGUGUAUCCUCGCACUCGCUACUCUGCUGGAUGGGAUGCAAAGAUCUUCUGGCUGCCGGUGUCCUACAUGCCAACCUUCAUCAUGGACAGACUUUUUCGUAGAAAUAGUCCACCACUAAGGCCGAUAUCUGCAAAGUAAUUCUGUCAGUUUGGUUGGCUGCAUAAAAUCCUUUGGGCUAAUUUGUAUCGCACCAUAAGUGACUUCAUUUUUCCUGUAAUACAUGUUUGUGCUUAAAGAAUCGACCAUUGAAAAUAGGUAAACUUUUUUUUAUGUAUAAUAAACUUCUCUACACUGGA